AUGUGGAAGCCCGACAGCGACCGACCGCAAGACAGGAAGUCCAAGGACAAGGCCAGCAGCAGUAAAGACAAUGCAGUGCCGGUAAAGGGUGACAGCCUACCAGCGCGCAAGGUGCACAAGUCUCCGGCUAAGUUGUCGCAGAAGACACUGGCCAUGAAGUUCAUGCAACGUAAGAAAACAACAGAGGCGCAGCGCAUCGCAGCUGUAAAGGAGAAGCACAAGCAGAACACCUGGGAAGCCACGCCAGAAGAUGGUGACCAGGGCGAUGACGGGUCCAAGAUCAUCUGCAUGCGUGACGUACCCGACCCAUCGUUGCCCCUGCUUUUCGGUCGUCGCUCCUUUGGUGGCUUCAAUAAGGGCGUGGAGGAUGAGUCCAAGGAGGCAUCUAGAGCGCUACGAUUUGCCGCAUCCGAAGAGAAGGAGCUCCGCGAGGAAGUCUCGGCUGAGGAGAUGACGUCGCGCAUGCUUAAGUACACGGGAUUGGAUCGUCGAAGCGGAAGUGGAAAGCGUCCCAAUGGCAACAAGCGUCAACGGAAAUAA